AUGGCGUCCAUUGCCACGUCAGCAGAGCGAGCUGUAGUUCUCCAGUCGCAUCGCCUUCGAUCCGCGGUUGCUGCUGAGUCCCUUGCCAGCAGCUCCUCGCAUGCAUUUUCCCCGCUAAAACGCAACCACAACAUCGGCAAGCUACAGGCCGGCUACCUCUUCCCCGAGAUCGCGCGGCGGCGGCGCGCGCACCUGGAAAAGCACCCCGACGCGAAGAUCAUCAGCCUGGGCAUCGGCGACACCACGGAGCCCAUCCCUGACGUCAUCACCGCCGCCAUGGCCAAGAGGGCGCAAGGGCUGUCAACGCCAGCGGGUUACUCCGGCUAUGGCGCCGAGCAGGGCGAGCAGGCUCUGCGCGCAGCCAUCUGUGCGACGUGGUACAGCAAGCUGGGCAUCACGGAGGACGAGGUGUUCGUGUCUGAUGGCGCCAAGUGCGACAUUGCACGCCUGCAGAUGAUGUUUGGCGCUGACGUCACCAUGGCCUGCCAAGACCCCUCCUAUCCGUGCAUCCCCAUCCCCACUGGCCGUGCUGUUAGAGCUGUCUCCACUCCCGCCUUCCUUGUUCCCCCUCAUGCACCCCUCCGACCCGCAUACGUGGACACGAGUGUGAUGAUGGGGCAGACGGGGCUGUACGUGCCAGAGACGCAGCAGUUUGGCAACGUCACCUACCUGCGCUGCACGCCUGAGAACGACUUCUUCCCGGACCUCGCCUCUGCGCCGCGCACCGACAUCAUCUUCUUCUGCUCGCCCAACAACCCCACCGGCCGGGCGGCAUCACGGCAGCAGCUGCAGCAGCUGGUGGACUUCGCACGCACCAACGGGUCCAUCAUUGUUUACGACUGUGCAUAUGCCAUCUACAUUGAGGAUGACUCGCCCAAGUCCAUCUAUGAGAUUCCUGGCGCCGAUGAGGUGGCCAUUGAAACAGGUUCUUUCUCCAAGUACGCUGGCUUCACAGGUGUGCGUCUUGGCUGGUGGCCAUUGAAACAGGCUCGUUCUCCAAGUAUGCUGGCUUCACCGGGGUUCGUCUCGGCUGGUCCGUGGUCCCAGCAGCGCUGCGCUACACAGACGGCCAUCCAGUGCGCGCGGACAUUAACCCUCCCUCUCUUUUCCCUUCAACCCCCCCUCCUCUCCCCACAGGUGGCCAUUGAAACGGGUUCUUUCUCCAAGUACGCUGGCUUCACCGGUGUGCGUCUCGGCUGGUCCGUCGUGCCAGCAGCGCUGCGCUACGCCGACGGCCAUCCAGUGCGCGCGGAUUUCAACCGCGUCACCUGCACGUGCUUCAACGGUGCCAGCAACGUCUCGCAGGCCGGAGGGCUCGCAUGCCUCUCCCCGGAGGGCCUCGAGGCCAUGGCAUCGCUGGUAUCCUUUUACAAGGAAAACGCAGCCAUCCUCAAGUCCACCUUCCAGUCGCUGGGCUUUGAAACGCAUGGCGGGGACAACGCGCCGUAUGUGUGGGUGCGCUUCCCUGGCCGCUCCUCGUGGGAUGUGUUUGCUGAGAUUCUGGAGAAGGCUGAUAUUGUCACCACGCCUGGGAGCGGGUUCGGGCCCGGUGGGGAGGGGUUUGUGCGUGCCAGUGCGUUUGGGAACCGUGCAAACAUUGAGGAAGCGGCGAGGCGGAUCACGAAGCUGUACUCGUCAUGA